AUGCCAGAAGCAGAGAAACAGCCGUAUAAUGACAUUGCGAAUAGAUUACGAGCAAAACACAAAGCUGAACAUCCUAAUUAUCGAUAUCAAACAAAAAGAGUGAAAAAAUGUGCUCGUCAUGAACCAUAUUCCAUUCAACAAAAGCCAGUUCAGCUCUGUUUUCGUGUUCACUCAACAGCUGCUUCUGACUCCUCAAUUUCCACAUUGGAAGAGCGACUGAAACGCAAUUUACAGUCAAUCGAUCAAUCGCUCAUACCCUAUAUACAAAAUUAUCCAGUCAUUGUAACGCCUCCAUUUACUCUUCCACCCCCAGUGGUAGAAGUAUCACGACAAGAUCCACAAUCGUCUCUGAUUUCUCACAUAAUUUCAGAAGAACAACAGCAGUCAUCGACCAAUUUGUGCGGCGACGAACUGAUUGGAUUUGAUUCUCAACUGCACCACCUGAAUAGCAAUGAAUCAUCUGUAGAAUUAUCACCACUCAUGUCAAAUCAACACUUAUCGCCGUGUUCAACCGAGUUUUCCGUGGAUGAAUUGAACACUUUAAACGAGGUCCUUGACAAUUUAACACAUGAUUGGCCAACGACGGCAGCUAAUAUGCUGUUAAGUCCUACAUGGUUGUCAAACGAGAAGCUUACACCGACGGCGCACUUGGAUGAUUAUUUAUCCUUCUUAUAA